AUGGGCGGGUUCUUAAAAAUUGCAAUCGUUCGCCUACGCUACGAACGAAAGGAAUCGAACAGCUUCUCGCCCUGGACACGAAGCGACGGCCUAGCUAGAAAUAUCGCCAUCAUUACUCAUGGAACUUGCAAUUAUGGGAUUAAAUCAGCACUUGCUGGCUCCGUAGGCGCCUCAGAAGCUAUUCUGUAUAACAUCAAUGAUGAUGGCCCAGUGGAAGGAACGCUUCUUCUUCCCCCAUGGUCUCAGGGUCCUUACGUCCCCAUGCGCAAUAUCAAAAACACUCGUAGCGUUACUACAUCUAAGUUCUUUGCGACUACUAAGUCUGGUGACCAAAACAAAAAGCUCAUUCUCGGUGCCGGUACUGAUUCGAUUAUUGCUGGUCCGGUCAGCAAUGCUGUAACCUUUGCGUUCUGGACUGCAGAGGAACUAUACCAGCAUCCGGCUUCAUCCCAUCUUCUCUCGACUCUGUCUGUAGCAGAGAAAGCUAAGAUUUGCGCUUAUCAGAAUUUUGAUAUAAUUGCUUCACCCAACUACGUCAAUGCUAUCUAUGAUAGCGACAGUAAGGAUUUUGGUACCUCUGGACCCUCUGGUUCAGCCGAACUAAAAGCAUUGUUUCAAGAGUACUUUCAAGCUGCUGGUCGGAACUAUACCGCAACUCAAUUCAACGGCCGCUGUGAUUAA